UCACACACACACACAUACAUAUAUAUAUAGCCAUAAGCGCCUUAUGUGUCUGCAACCAAUUUGCUAUCAUUCUAUAGCCAUGGAUACUCUUCAAGUCUCUUCCAUUCUCUUCAAAUCUCUCCUCCUCACUCUCUGCCUCUCCGCGAUCCCAUCUCUCGGAUCCGAUCCCGACCCUUUACAGGACUUCUGCGUGGCGAACCUCGGGGCUUCUCCCUCCAUCAAUGGCUUCCCGUGCAAAACAGGCGCAACCUCGGAAGAUUUCUUCUUCUCAGGCCUUAUGGCGCAGGGUAACACCUCGAACCCUAACGGCGUUGCAGUCGCACCAGGUAACGUCCUGACGUUCCCGGCGUUAAACACGUUAGGGUUGUCAAUGAACAAUGUAGAGUUCGCACCUGGAGGAGUCAACCCACCUCACGUGCACCCACGUGCCACCGAGGCGGGGGUCGUGAUCGAGGGAUCCAUCUUCGUGGGGUUCGUCACCACGAACAACACGUUGUAUUCUAAGGUUAUGAAAGCCGGUGAGAUGUUUGUCGUCCCAAGAGGUUUGGUGCAUUUUCAGUGGAACGUUGGGAAGGUAAAAGCGCGUUUGGUGACUGCGUUUAACAGCCAGUUGCCGGGCGCGGUCGUGCUUCCCAACGCCUUGUUUGGGUCGAACCCGGCGAUUCCAAACGCGGUUUUGACGAGGGCGUUUAGGACUGAUGAUAACACCGUGAACAGCCUCAAGUCUAAGUUUGGGAUGUAAUAUUUUCGCUAAUCAAAGUACUGUGUGUGUGGCUUCUUUUCGAACUAAAUUAUACGAAUAAAUGCCGUGGAAUCUGUCCCGAAGUUUGUGUACCAAUUGGACUGAAUAUUUGUGAUUUUUUAAUAUAUUUAUAAUUUAAAUUAUGUACGUCACAUUUAUAAUAAUGGAUUAGAAUUGGCUAUA